AUUUGGCAUGCUAUUACACUGAUGGAAAACUUGGCACUGCUAGCAGUAUACUUACUCUUAGGAAAGGUCUUUUAAUAUGUUACAACGUACAUGUAUAUGUGAUAUUGUUAAUCAUAAUCUCUAAUGGAUUUUAUUAACAGGGACUUCAGAGUAGGUUACUACCAAUCAUAACAUAUAGAUGUGAACAUUCUAUUAAUGGCACUAUACGAUGAAAGGACAAUAUGUGUUUGCCUGGUUUGUGUUUUAUGUAUUCACAUGAUUGCAUCACAAGAUGACUGGUUUGGACCAAACCAAGAGUUCAAAUGUCACUGUGAGUCAAAUUGUAGUUCUGAUGGUACUUGUCUGGGUAAUGGAAGCUGUGCCAGAGGCUGGUUUGGUCUGAAAUGCCAACAUCAAGACCUUAUACUACUGGACAACACAACAAUAUCCACGAAUGCUAGCAUACUGACAGAUCAAGAUGACAGGUCCUGUAUGGAUAUAUCUGGCCAAACUAUUGUUGUUACUUUUAAUGUAUCUUAUGUCUUUACGUGGAUGAGAGUCGCUCUUCAAGAUAUGGCUUUCUUAUCAGGAUUUACCGUACAGUUUAGCAAAACUGCAUCAAUGACUCCCGAAAUAGAAUGUGCAAACCAGAAAUAUUUCCUUGUGGACAAUUCUACACUAGACAUAGAAUGUGAUCUGCCAGACGCUAUAAGAACCAUUAUCAUCACUGGAGCAAGACAGACAUCGCUUUGUUCGCUGUAUAUAAACGGAGGUCGUAACGUCGCCCUAAAACAAACGACUUGGCAAACUAGUACUUACACACAAUUGGGCUUAGGGGUUGGUGACGCCUCCAAAGCGGUAGACGGCGAUACCAACUCCAUUUUUUCUGGCAACAGCUGCACCCACAGCGGCAUCACAGAUUCAAAACCAAUGUGGACAGUAGACUUCCCAUUAUCUGAGAUCACUAGAUACGUAAUAUACAACAGAGGCGAAUUUUUAAUGGAUCGGCUCGCCAAAUUUGUUUUAACUGGAGAGAAUUCUGGCCUUCAAACAUUUUAUUAUAACGAUCCGUCUGAUCUUGGGUUGCCUGUGUAUAUUGUUAUAGACGCUGCUAAACAUAGCUUAACGCAAGUCACCAUAAAUUCUACGACUGUGUUUUUGACCUUAUGUGAAGUGGAAAUUUAUGGAGAAUGUCCAGCCGGUACUUAUACAACAUCAGACCUUCAAUGUACCAACUGUCCAGCAGCAUGUCCAAACACUUGUCACAGCGAUGGUGGCUCAUGUAGCGUUUGCUUGGGUUAUAGCAACCCACCAGCUUGUACUUUGGUGUGUUCAACAGGUCGAUUUGGAAUCUAUUGUGCACAAACAUGUCCAAGUAAUUGUUUCGGUAACAUCUGUGAUCCAGAGACUGGACAAUGUUCUAAAUGCACACCUGGAUUCUAUGGAGGCUCUUGCGACAAAGUCUGUGUAGAGUCCUUCUGGGGUCAAAAUUGCAGUCAACCCUGUAACCCCAACUGUCAAGCUAGAUUAUGUCAUAACAUCAACGGGGAAUGUAUCAGAGGAUGUGUUGCAGGCUUCGUGUCUCCCACCUGCACGCAAGCAUGUCCUGCUGGUCAGUGGGGAGUAAACUGUACAAACUCUUGUAGUGUAAAUUGUUAUGUUCAAUCAUGUGAUAAAACAACUGGUACUUGCGACAAGGGAUGUCAAGGCUUUAGUGAUCCGCCUAGCUGUAAAACAGCAUGUCCUGCUGGUCAGUGGGGUGUAAACUGUACAAACUCUUGUAGUGUAAAUUGUUAUGGCCAAUCGUGUGACAAGACAACUGGGAUUUGUGACAAGGGAUGUCAAGGCUUUAGUGACCCGCCUAGCUGUACAACAGAAUGCGCUAAAGGCAACUGGGGGCCUAACUGUCAUUUCGACUGUAGAAACAGUUGUUUUAACUUGUCCUGUGAUAGCCAGACGGGAAAAUGUGACAGCGGAUGUGAUGGAUUCAUGGAUGCUCCUGAUUGCACUGUGGAAUGUAAAACCGGAAAAUGGGGACGUAACUGUGUAAAUCAAUGUAACUUUCAAUGCAAAGAUCAAUCUUGUGAUAGAGUUACUGGACUUUGUGACUACACUUGUGACAGUCUUACAAAUCUUUCCUGUCCUGCUGAUUGUCCAAAAGGCUAUCACGGUUCCAACUGCACUUUAGACUGUUCCUCCACCUGUAAAGAUUUGUUAUGUAAUAGACUUGGCUACUGUAUUGCAUGUGUAUCUGAUUACACAGGACGUUAUUGUGAAAAGGUGCAACUAGGUCUAGCAUCAGAGACCAGCGGUCUAACAUUUUCAUCAGGUGUUGGUAUUGGAGUAGCUGUUGGUGCUCUGGUUAUCAUCUUGAUUGACGUCGUAAUAGUUAUUAUAUGCAGAACCAGGCUUACAACAUUAAGAGCCAAAAGCAAUGACGAGUUAAAACAUGGAACUCGACUACAGAGUUAUGAUGGGGUGAAACAAAUUAAUGAAUACAACCACUCUUACGAACCUUCUAGAUCUACUUUUGAAGAGAAAGGAAAGUCGCAUAAGAAACAGGAUGGAGACGCCAACGAAACAAUACAGUAUGAGAACACUUCUAAUACAGUUUAUGAGACAAUAGGAUAGGUCUCAAAUUGUCAAGAUCAGACAUUAUUUCAUUAAUUCAAAACUUUUUUUUUUUAGAUUAGUUUGUCAUUUUAACUCUCAUGUUUGUGUAUGUUGUGUUAUCACUGCGUCUUGAGCCUACAUCAUGUUUGUUAACAGCGCUUUAGAAAUAAAUUAAAUUAUUAUUUCUGUA